GAGGGCGGGGCCCGAGGAACGGGCGUGGGGAGUACGCAGUGACAGCUGAGGGCGGAAAUGCCGGCGAUGGCGGAUGAAACUCUGUUCCAGCUGCUUCACACGCAGGUGGUGGCGGCCGCGUACGGCGCGGGCCGGGGCUCGGGAGACGAGGGGCUGAGGGCAGGCUUGACGGUCCUGGAGGGCAUGGGCUUCCGCGUGGGCCAGGGCCUGGCCGAGAGGCUGCCCCAAGGGGCCCUGGCCUUCCGAGAGGAGCUGGACACCAUCAAGUUCCUCUGCAGGGACCUCUGGGGGGCUGUGUUCGGGAAGCAGACGGACAACCUCAGGACCAACCACCAGGGCACUUACAUCCUGCAGGACAACAACUUCCCCUUCCUGACCCAGAUGGCCUGGGGCCAGCAAUAUCUGGAGGAAGCCCCCAAGGUACUGGGAGAACAGUUUCUUGCCUUCACCUGUGGUCUUCUCCGGGGGACCCUCAGCUCCCUGGGCAUCGAGAGCUCUGUCACAGCCAGCGUGACCUCCCUGCCUGCCUGCAAGUUCCAGGUGGUGAUCCAGAAGGCUUGAGGGGCCCCAGGUCCCAGCACUGGCCCUUCUGCAGAGGCUGGCCCGGCUCAGGCCCUUGGGAGCUGGGAUCAGGGCCAGCGGGAGGACGGGGUCCCCUUGUU